UGAAAUGUCUUCAAACACAAAUUUGUUAUGAGUUGAAAACAAUUUAGGAACGAUUUUGGUGUUAACAUCUACUUGUCAGGAAACACAAUGAACUUCUUGUCGAACUUGUCCAAAGUACCAAAUAUUCCUUCGUACUUGCUCGAACUCUAUGGUGGUGUUCGAUUUGCAUCUAAAAAGACUUCUUCUGGAGCUAGGUGGCAAGGGAAUGGCAAGAAACCGAAGAGGUACAGAGGAUUGAAGAGAAAGGAUGGUGACGUAGUGACAGCGGGAACUAUUUUAGCUACUCAGAUUACUCUAAGGUUCUUCCCUGGUCUGAAUGUCGGGUUUGGUAAAAAUGGAUCUAUAUUUGCCAUCAAAGCUGGCAAAGUAGUAAUGUCAUCAGAACUAGCUCAACCUAAUUGGGAUCACACUUGGAUUCAACGUCUCAUGCCAAGACGUCCAGACAAUAUCCCAAUUUACAAGAAGUAUAUCAACAUAAUCCCAGAGCCCCAGCAUAACCGCUUCAAACUUCUUGAAGCACUUUGAUGUUCUGUGCUAGUUGCUGUAGAUUGUACAUUCAGCAUUCUGAACUCUGGUCCAGGUAAUUUUGUUAAUAAAUUGUUUAUUGUAGUUAAAUGGUUGAAA